ACGACAUUCGGGCCGCAGCGGCCGCUGGGUGCAGCCGAGCGGUGUGGAGCGGAAAGACCACUCGAAGGGCUCUCCUGAUACUAACAGUUCUACGAUUUGAAACCCCGCCAGAAUUUAGACAGGGUCUCACUGUAUUGCCCAGGCGGGUCUCGAACUCCUGGCUUCAAGCGAUCCCCCCGCCUCAGCCUCCCAAAGUGCUGGGAUUACAGGCGUGAGCCACCACGCCUGGCCUCACUCAAACAGUAAACGAGGUAUGUGACGCAUUCCCAGACUCUCCAGCCAACUGAGCAUCAGCUCCUUCACGGCAACUGGGUCCUGAUUAAUGUCCUCCCGAGACAGACUUCAUUGGAUCCACACUCAAGAGGACUCUGCCAGGUUUUUCUGACCCCCCUACAUUGCUAUAAAGUGCCAAGGCCUUAAGACUUGGGUACGUGUAUUACAACAGCAAGAGUGCCAGCGCCAACAAAAGACCCAUUGGACCUGUCAGCUCCUCUGUUUCACCAACCAGACACAGUAACCUUACCAACAAAGAGUAAGCCAAGUGCCUCUGUAUGACACCACCAGCAGCUGAUAACGCAUACGAAAAAUAUAACUAAUUUAGACUAGAGCCCUAUCUCUUCUUGAGAAGCUGGGAUUUGAAGGAGCUAUCCUGAGAUCUGUACUGCUAUCACUGUAUAUAUGGCUUAUUUCCUGGGUCCACGGGAAGCAUGAGUCUGUUGGGACUUGGGGCAAGAAGAAGACAAGACAUCUUAACAAGGAAAACCAAGCACUAAAAAAAGUAUCCCCCCAACUCUGAAGAGAUAGAGCAUAAACAUGGCCGACAGUGGACUUAGGGAACCUCAAGAGGACUCUCAAAAGGAUUUGGAAAAUGAUCCAUCAAUAAAUUCUCAGGCACAGGAGACCACAAUCAUGGCAAGUAAUGCUGAGGAAGCUCAGACCCUACACUCUGCCUGUGAUCUUAGCAAAGACCACCAAAGGGUGGAGACAGUGGGUCCGGAAAGUGCAGAUACAGGUGAUAAAUCCGAAAGUCCAGAUGAAGCAAAUGUGGGGAAACAUCCAAAGGAUAAAAUAGAAGAUGAGAACAACCAGAGUUUUCUGGAUGGUGAAAAAGGGCAUCACCUCCCUUCAGAAAAUCUGGGUGAAGAACCCUUGGAUCCAGAUCCCAGCCCUUCUCCAAGUGACAAGGUAGGAAGAGCAGAUGCACACUUAGGGAGCAGCUCUGUGGCCCUCCCUAAUGAAGCAAGUGACGGAACUGGAGCAUCUCAGGAACCACCUACUACAGACUCCCAGGAGGCCCAGAGUCCUGGUCAUUCCAUUACAGGGCAAGAGGGCGAGGAUACACUGAGGAGGCGACUGCCGGCCCCAGAGGCUGGAAGUCAUCCACAACAAACACAAAAAUUGGAAGAAAUUAAAGAGAAUGCACAGGACACCAUGAGACAGAUUAAUAAAAAGGGUUUUUGGAGCUAUGGCCCUAUCUUUCUUCUCUUCCUGGUUGUGGCUGUUGUGGCAAGGAAUAGCUACUAUUCCUCUCCAGCCCAGCAAGUGCCCAAAAAUCCAGCUUUGGAGGCCUUUUUGGCCCAGUUUAGCCAAUUGAAAGAUAAAUUUCCAGGCCAGAGUUCCUUCCUGUGGCAGAGAGGACGGAAGUUUCUCCAGAAGCACCUCAAUGCUUCCAACCCCACUGAGCCAGCCACCAUCAUAUUUACAGCAGCUCAGGAGGGAAGAGAGACCCUGAAGUGCCUGAGCCACCAUGUUGCAGAUGCCUACACCUCUUCCCAGAAUGUCUCUGCCAUUCAGAUUGAUGGGGCUGGAAGGACCUGGCAGGACAGUGACACGGUCAAGCUGUUGGUUGACCUGGAGCUGAGCUAUGGGUUUGAGAAUGGCCAGAAGGCUGCUGUGGUACACCACUUCGAAUCCUUUCCUGCCGGCUCCACUUUAAUCUUCUACAAGUAUUGUGAUCAUGAGAAUGCUGCCUUUAAAGAUGUGGCCCUGGUCCUGACUGUUCUGCUAGAGGAGGAAACAUUAGAAGCAAGUGUAGGCCCAAGGGAAACUGAAGAAAAAGUGAGAGACUUACUCUGGGCCAAGUUUACCAACUCUGACACUCCCAGCUCCUUCAACCACAUGGACUCAGACAAGUUGAGUGGGCUGUGGAGCCGAAUUUCACACCUGGUACUGCCAGUCCAGCCAGUGAGGAGCAUUGAAGAACAGGGGUGCCUUUUCUAAAGCUAAGCACAAAGUUGGUUAUAGAGGGUGUAUGUUUAUGAAAAAGUUUGUUUAAAGGCCUUUCAUUUAUAUGGAAGGAGGUUGAUAAAAUAGGUUGAGGAAAUAGCCUGAAAAACAAAAAUGAGCUUAUUUUAGAAACAAGUUUUUAUUUUUUACUUCUUGUAAAAUCUUUCUAAUCUAAGCCUUGACAAAACUAAAAAUUAACUGACUUUUUUUCUUUGCCUUUUGGACCAAAUCAGGUUUGAAGUAUGGAUGAUAUAUAUGAGAAUUUUUUUAAAAUUCUAAAAUAUAGCAACAUUGCACAGGAAGAUACUCUUACUUCUUAGAGUAACUACAGAGUGAUUUUUUUUUCUUGAGUGAGCCUCUGAAGAGCCUUUUGGAUGCUGUUUGGACUUGGAUGAAAGCAAUUAGAAUUAUGAAGCAAUGAUCACUUUUAGAAAAUUUUUCUAUCACAUGUUGAAUAUUUUCAAAACCUCACUUUAAUAAUCUAAAGUUAUGGGAUUAUAUCUUAUAUUAAUUUUACAGUUUUGAGGAGUAUGAUAAAAGAAAUAAGAAUUCAAACCAUUAAGUACCUACCUAUACUACAUGUAAGGCACUGUGCUUUUAUUCCAUUCAGCUGAGGUAUAAGUGUACCUCAGUACAGAAUAAGCAGCUGUACUCAAACAUUCUUAAAAAUGAGAACCAAUGGGGAAAUUGUUUAUAAUCAUUGGAAAUGAAGAAAUUCCAAUUGGCUAUAUCUUUACUUCAGCUUUUCUUGAAUGAUUUACAGCAGUAAUUUUCAAACUGUGUCUACUGGCACCCUUCCCCUUUGUAUCAGAGCAGUUCUGCUUUUAACUGUUUUAUAUGUCAGGCUCUAUGAGAUUUCAUUGGAACAAAGAGUUUCACUGAUACUCAAGUUUGAAAACCAUUAAGUGAAAAAACAUCUUAGAAGAUAGGAAAUAUGUAAAAAAAUUGAAUGUAUUAAAUCUUAUGAGUAGGAAGAUGAAAUACAGGUUUAUCAUAUAGAUAUAUUGUUUAUGAACACUAAAGAUCUAUACAUGAACAGCAGAAUGUAUAAGCUAGCAUUUACUAGCAUGUCUCUGAUGCUUUUGUUCAUUUCUGUUAGUCAUCAUUUUUGUCCCCUCUGCAUGGAAUUUUAUACUUGUCUAGGGUGAGAGUUUGUAGACUUUCAGCAGAACAUAUUUUAAUAACCAAUUUAUUUGUUUUAUUUUAAAAAAUUAUUUUUGAAUAACCAAUUUAAUAGUAAAUUUUAUAUGAACACUUGGCAUAACUUUACCAAACAGUUUAUUUCUAUGCAGUGAUGGAACAUUAUGUAAUACAGCUCAUUUCUUGACCACCUAGUUAUAGAAGUACCAUUAAGUUAAAAAUUAGAGAAAUCCAAGAGAUGUUAUACUUAAUGAGAGGAAGCAGAAAUGGUGGGUAGAUUCUCAGAGGUUUUGAUGUUCAGUAGUGACUGUUGGACCAUGUUCUGUGAUUGUAAGAAAUAUUGAAAACAGUUUGUAUGGAGACAGUAGGUGAUUAGCAUUUGAGCUCUGAAAGCAGAACUCUAGUAAAAUGAUCUCGACCUAACAAAGGGUCUGUUCUAUUAUAUAGACUAUUCCCAUAAUCCUGGAAUGUUUCAACUAGGUUUUGGCCUCUCCAUUAUAUGAGCUCAUGUAUAUAUUUAAGAAGUCUGAUUAAAGUAUGGAAAGAUUUUAGGAAACACUAAGACAAUACAGGCAUCUUUAUUGAUACCUAAAAAGUUUACAAUUGAGUAAUUGCUUAAUUGAGUGUAGGGGCAUACCUGAAGGAAGAAUUUGCAUUUGGGACUUUGAAGGAAUCUUCCAAGAGAUUUGGGAAAAGACCUGAACAAAAAGUUAAAGCAUAGUGAAUGUAAUAUAAAUGUCAAUCCAGUAUAAAAGCAGAGGAAACGAAGGAAAAUAUAUACCAUAUGCACAUUUUUUCUGUCUUUUUAGAUCUUAGAUGCUAACAUUACAUCCACAAAACCAGUGUUGCCUUGUACAACUAUUAUAUUGGCCUGCUGACCUGUGCUACCUCAGAUCUGUAAAGGAACCAGUAUGACGCAUAUUCUUGUUUCGUCAUUCGGUCGAAUAUGGUUUUUCAUCAUUUCCUUUCAAAAUAAUUUAGAAAAAUAAAUUUCUAAAGUCACAAUGGCUUUUAUUUAGCCUUUUUAAAAACACUUUUCCUUCCAUGUGUAGUGCAAUCAAUUGAGAGUGUUGUCAGUUUUCUGUCCACUAUUUCAAAAGUCGUUUUUUUUUUUAGAUGGAGUCUCACUCUGACUCCCAGGCUGGAGUGCAGUGGCUUGAUUAUAGCUCACUGUAGCUUUAAACUCCUGGGCUCAAGCAAUCCUCCCACCUUAGCCUCCUGAGUAGCUGGGACUACAAGUGCAUACUACCACACCACUCUACCACUCUGUUUUGUAUAGAGACAGGGUCUCACUGUGUUGCCCAGGCUGGUCUUGAACUCCUGGCCUCAAGUGACCCUCCCACCUCGGCCUCCCAAAGUGUUUGGAUUACAGAUGUGACCCAAUGCAUCCAACCUCAAACUUUUUUUUUUUUCUUUUUUUUUUUUUAGAGAAGGUCUUGCUCUGUCACCCAGGCUGAAAUGCAGUGGCGCAAUUUCACCUCACUGUAACCUAUGCCUCCUGGGUUCCAGUGAUUCUUGUGCCUCAGCCUCCCGAGUAGCUGGGAUUACAGGCACACACCACAAUGCCCAGCUAAUUUUUGUAUUUUUAUUAGAGAUGAGAUUUUGCUGUGUUCUCCAGGCUGGUCUCGAACUCCUGGCCUCAAUUGAUCUGCCCACCUUGGCCUUUCAAAGUGCUAGGAUUAUAGGCAUGAGCCACCACACCUGGCCUCAAAAAUCAUUUUUAAAAGAAGCAGUAUAUUAGCUCUGGGUCUUCUCAUUACUAAAAUGACUUUUUAAACAUGAUACUAUAUUUUAUAAAUGUACAGAUAAUUCAAAUCUAUUAUCUAAUGUGUUCUCUUAGGUUAAUUUCUAUUUGUUUCUAUUCUUUGUGUGUGUGUGUGUGUGUGUGUUGAGACGGAGUCUUGCUCUGUCACCCAGGCUGGAGUGCAGUGGCGCAAUCUCGGCUCACUGCAAGCUCCGCCUCCCGGGUUCACGCCAUUCUCCUGCCUCAGCUUCCUGAGUAGCUGGGACUACAGGUGCCUGCCACGACAUCUGGCUAAUUUUGUGUGUGUGUGUUUUUAGUAGAGACAGGUUUUCACUGUGUUAGCCAGGAUUGUCUCCAUCUCCUGACCUCGUGAUCCGCCCGCCUCAGCCUCCCAAAGUGCUGGGAUUACAGGCGUGAGCCACCGUGCCUGGCCUAUUCUUUACAUUUUUUAAGGUUUCAGAUUUUCUUUUGUGUGUCUAGUGAUUCAUCUUUUAUUGGCAUAGAUAAUUUGCUUAUUUGACUUAGAAAAAUGAUUUGUAGGCAUACAAUAUCGUACAUGAUACCUAAACAUUGCCAUUUAGUUACUCUCCUAGAACAACUUUCAUUACGCUGUCUAUUAAUAUAAAUUACCUCUUGAGUAAUCCCAGAAUCAUAGAACCAAUUGGUGGAAUCAGAAACUGUCUUUGGACUUGAGGUUUUUCUUCCCUUAGGGUAAAUUUUAGGUUUUCUGGUUAGUUUCCAGGGUUGGCAGAGAAGUUCAUAUCACUAAAGGGGUUCAUAUCACUAAAAUAGUAAUGCUAAUUUGUUUCAUAUUUCUAUUUUAAAAAUCAAUAAAUUUCAAUACAUUUCAUUUGAAGCCCCCAAGUUUAUGGUGGUUAGUGAGGCUCAGCAUGCCGGUAAUCCACCAUUCUCUCAGCUAAUGACUCCACUAAAUAGUGCCAGCCACUGAGAUGGUUUUGACCUUUUAAACAACUUUUUUUUUUUUUUUUUUUUUUGAGACAGAGUUUCUCUCUUGUCCAUGCUGGAAUGCAAUGGUGCGAACUUGGCUCACUGCAACCACCACCUCCCAGGUUCAAGCCAUUCUCCUGCCUCAGGCUCCCAAGUAGCUGGAUUACAGGCAUGUGCCAUCACGCCCAGCUAAUUUUUGUAUUUUUGGUAGAGACAGGGUUUCCCCACGUUGGCCAGGCUGGUCUCGAACUCCUGACCUCAAGUGAUCUACCCGCCUCGGCCUCCCAAAGUGCUGGGAUUACAGGUGUGAGCCACCGCACCCAGCCUAAACAGCUUUUAAUUACUUGAUUUAUACUUUAUUAAAGACAGGAAGCACAAUGAGCAGUGAUAUUAAAAUAUAACAAAUAUAGCAUGGGAAAGUGAUAAUUAUUCAGAUGAUCUUCACCAGCACGGCAUUUGUGUAUAUCUGUCCAAACUCUACGCCACAUAGCAGGUCUCUGGCACUUCAAAAAUGGAUGUUAAAUAGAAAAUAAUAAAUAAUAGCUGAUUAGGGUAAUCAUUUAUUUAAUCGGAAUAAAGAUUAUAUCCAUAAAAUUUACUUGCAGAGAAAUACUUUGUUUGAAAGACAGGGUCUCGCUCUGUCACCCAAGCUAUGGUGCAGUUGGCACAAUCACGGCUCACUGCAACCUGGACCUCCUGGCCUCAAGGGGUUGAUCCUCCUACUUCAGGGAUUACAGGCACACGCCACCAUGCUCGGCUAGUUGAGAAGUACUUUCAAAUAGCAACAUGAAGCCUUUCUUUUAUCAUUUGAAAAUAAAACAUAGUUGUAAACAUAAACCAGUAUGUCUUUGUAAAGCCAGUAAUAUAUCAUUUUAUAGGAGCAUUGUCUUCUUGUGUUUUUCAAGUUGACUAUGUAGUUCUAUGUCAGUCUCCAUUUUAAUAUCUCGUUUGUCAAGCUGAGCAUAUUUCAUUUUGAAAUGUAGUUGUUGAGAAGUCAUGGUGGUUUUUUGUUUUUCACAAUUCAAGUAGCUUGAACACUUGUCCAAUGGGAAAGCUGAUGCUUAUCUUUGUGGCAAAUGCUUGGUUGAAUAAUAUAUUUGCAAAGAUGUUAAUUCUAGAGAGAGCAAAAUAAAGUUGAGAUGUCUGUAAAACAGUUUCUCCAGAUGACUUUAAGCCUUAUUUUUGUAAAUUUAUGUUAAAUUUUAGGUGUUAAGUUGUGAAAUACCUAAUGAUAUGGGCCUAAAUUUGCCUCAUUCGGACCAGACGGGGCUAUUAAAAUUCAUUUCGAGCUAAUAAACUGUGCUAUAACUUCUUU